AUGGGAGUCAUGGCCGUGCUUAUGCUGCCUCUGCUGCUUCUGGGCAUCAGUGGCCUCCUCUUCAUUUACCAGGAGGUGUCCAGGCUGUGGUCGAAGUCAGCCGUGCAGAACAAAGUGGUCGUUAUCACCGAUGCCAUCUCGGGACUGGGCAAGGAGUGUGCACGAGUGUUUCACUCUGGCGGAGCCAGGCUUGUGCUGUGCGGAAAGAACUGGGAGAGGCUGGAGAGCCUCUAUGACGCCUUGAUCAGUGUGGCUGACCCCAGCAAGACAUUUACCCCGAAGCUGGUCCUCUUGGACCUCUCGGACAUCAGCUGUGUCCAGGAUGCGGCAAAAGAGGUCCUGGCCUGCUACGGCUGUGUGGACAUCCUCAUCAACAACGCCAGCAUGAAGGUCAAAGGACCUGCCCAUAAGAUUUCUCUGGAGCUUGACAAAAAGAUCAUGGAUGUCAAUUACUUUGGACCCAUCACGCUGACCAAAGCCCUGCUUCCCAACAUGAUCUCCCGGAGAACAGGCCAGAUUGUAUUAGUGAAUAACAUCCAAGGGAAGUUUGGAAUCCCGUUCCGUACGGCUUAUGCUGCCUCCAAGCACGCUGCCCUGGGCUUCUUUGACUGCCUCCGGGCGGAGGUGGAGGAAUACGGCGUCGUGGUCAGCACCGUGAGCCCGACCUUCAUCUGCUCCCACCACGUUUAUCCGGGGCAGGGAAACUGGGACGCCUCCAUUUGGAAAUUCUUUUUCAGGAAGCAGGUCUACGGGGUACACCCGGUGGAGGUGGCCGAGGAGGUGAUGCGCACCGUGCAGAGGAAGAAGCAAGAGGUCUUCAUGGCCAACCCCAUCCCCAAGGCCGCCAUCUACGUCCGCACCUUCUUCCCCGAGUUCUUUUUCGCCGUGGUGGCUUGUGGGGUGAAGGAGAAACUCAACAUACCGGAGGAGAAUUAG